AUGUUCGUCUAUUACAACAUUAUCUGGAUUAUCUGUCUUAUAUUAUUGUUUACUUCAUUGCUGCUGCUCUUUAGGAGAAAACGAGCUAUUAGAAAUCGACCAUUACCACCUGGCCAUUCUUCACAAUUCGUUGUCGUCGAUAUGAAUGGCAGACCACCACAACAAUCAACAUAUCCUGCUACUUAUGCACCACCACCACCUACAUCGCCCCAAGUACAGCCAUCCACACAGACUUUCUAUAGACCACCAGAUUCAUCUGUUGAACCACCACCACCUUCUUAUCAAGACUAUUCGAAGGAUUAUCGUGUAAAUCACACUCAGUAG